AUGGCGGACACGGCUCGCCAGAGCCAAGAGCUGCUCGGUCCCAGCUCGGUGGCGCUGUCGUGGAUUGGGGUCUGGAGGCCCCCUGGCGGACGCAUGCCGGGUUUCCGGCUGCUGGGCGCCAUCUUCAUCGCCAUCACCGAAAUCCUCAUCACCUCUCUCACUGCCGUCCAGAUGCUCAUCGACACGCCGACCGACCCCGAAAUCUUCCGUGAGGUUUUCUUCAUCUGCACCUGUGGCUUCUCGUGGUUUGUGAAGGCAAUGCCAGCGGUGACGGUGAUGCUGUGGAUGGGAGACCCACUCAUGCAGACCCUCAUGUCGCCACCAGCCGAGAACGGCACCAGGCCACUCAUCUUCUGGAUUCCCGUAGAAGUGAAAAAUUCACCUGCCUACGAAAUAACCUACGCCAUCGAGGCGUUUUUCAUAGGAUCUGCUACGGAGACGAGCAUCCUGAUAGACAUAAUUCUGAUAAUUCUCUUAGUCUAUGCAGCAGGUGAAAUAGCUGUCCUGAAUGAGAAUAUCGCUGGAAUGAGGCUUUCGAAUACUCGUCAGCGAGAAAAAGUAGAGCCAAACAAGGGGCUAAAAGCUCUAGAACGGAGUAUUGAUGAAGUGAGCAUAUCACAAACAGCCUACGUGUUCAGCGAGGACAGUUCAGACAGUAAGCGCAAUCUUUUCGUUCUGGAUAGAAAUGACACGUACUGGAAGCUACACAGCAGUUUAGUGAGGAACAUACGACAUCACGAAGUUAUUCUAACGUACAUCAAUGAUCUGGAAAUCGUGCUGAGCACAUCUAUCUAUGUCCUGUUGCUUGCGAAUGCACUAAAUAUUUGUUUGCAUUCUUUUGGAAUUGUAGCGCUGUUCCAGGAGGGAGCAACAAGCUCGACCGUAUUUAAGGAAGUGAUCUCGUUUGCAUCUUUCCUGGCUCAGACAGGCUUAUUCUGCUUCAUCGGACAGCUAAUAAUUGAUCAGGCGGACCGGCUGCAGUUCUCUGCGUUCAGCUGUGACUGGCCACAGGCCGACGAGACGUUUUGCAGAUCGCUACGCAUCUUCAUGGUGCAGGCGGCGCGCCCGCUCAGCGUGAGGGUCGGAAAGCUCGUCGAGCUGUCCAGGAACUCAUUCCUGCAGGCGAUGAAUGCUUCAUACACAAUAUUCAACAUGCUGUUUAAUCUGCAGACGGCAGAUUAA